UCUAUGCUGAUGAUCCGUGCUCGUGUGAGUGAGUGUGUGGAUGUGUUUCUGUCUCCUCGUCCCGGGUUGGACCUUGAUGGGACGGCGGCUUGGUUUUCGGGUCGGUUUUUGGAAUUUUUCAAAGUUCAAAGCAAAGAAACGACUAUUCGUUCGAGUAUUCUGUCUUCAAUGCUACCAGUCCCAAAGCAGCCGGAGCUACUUGCUUUUGUGGUGCCAGAGUGUGAGUGAGUGAGUGAGUGUUGUCACAAGUAAACUUGAAAAGUGCUCCCUAAAUCUGGUUAUCUCUCCCACUAAUUAAGUCGAGCCCAGUUAGAAUUGGGAAGGUGAUUCUCAAAUCAUUAUGUAUCAGUGUGUUUAUCUGGUCAAACCACUACGAGUAUCCCAACCCAAGAUUCGGGUGCUCUGUCGUCUUUGAGUGCAAUUCAAGAUCUAAAAGUUGAAAUCCCAAUGCUUCACGAUUUGAUACGUUUAUCAGUGGUGUCGUUCGCUUGUUCAUAAAUCUGGGACCAAUCUUGUUGCAUCAACUACUAAUCCAAUCCGGUUCCAACCAACCCAUGAGAUGCCGUGUGAAGAGUGAGGAGUGGUGGAUCCCCCAAUGAUGACUAUGGCACAUCCAGCACCCGGAAUGGUUGAUUCGGGCCAUCCGGCGACUCAUCAUGUGCAUCAUUCGGCGGCCAGGUCCUGGCCCACUUACAUGGAUCCAUCGCGAUAUGUCGAUCCGGGGCAUCUCUUACCGGGAGCCGACCCCCAACUCGAUUCCACGGGCAAUGCGGCCGUGGCUGCCGCAUCCUCAUCUUUCUUUGCCACGCAAGAGGCCUCGCGAUAUUACCAAAUGCAUCAGGCCUACGAAAGUGCAGCUACCCAAGCAGCUCGGAUGUCCAUGUACCGCCCUCAUUGGAUGCCUGGAGCGGGCUCACAGGUAUCUGUCGAAGGAGCAAGUUGGUCUUCGCCGACUCGAACCGCCCCCACUCCUCCUUCGUCAGCGUCCAAUCUUCACCAUCCCGGAGGAGCCUCCACCCCGGGUCACUACACCAGUUCAACAACACCUCUACCUCCCAGUCCGGCCAAGGACUCUAUCCCAAAGAGUGACUAUGAACAUGUCUCCCAUCAACAACAACAACAGCAACAACAGCUACAACAGCAGCAGCAACAACAACAGCAGCCUCCACCUCACGCCUUGUCAGAGUCUGAUUGUGACCAAGAAAACAAACCCCAGCUCUUGGAGCAACAAACUGGCGCCAAUGCCAAUGAGUCAUCGUCCAAAUCCUCUGAUUACCUCCAAUCGCCCAAUGCUCUCCAUCCAGUCGACUACCAUUCCCAUCACCUUUCAUCACAUCCGGGCUAUCCGACAACACAUCCGGGCUCUUAUGGGCAACACGGACACCCCGGUCUGACGCCAUCCGGGCUGAGUGGUUCCAGUCACGGAGGGGUGAUAGGAUCGGCCGGUUCCGGACUCGUGGGCACAGAUUUGAGUCCAUUUGGCACUUUUCCUUCCUCAAGAUCAUCGUCUUCCGGGAUGAUGAACAGCCCUGGCAGUAGCAAUGGAGGUGGGGGCGGCGGAGGCGGGGGCAGUAACUCCAAAGGCGGGAAAAACAAACGACCCAACGCUGAAGGACGCGAGUGUGUCAACUGCGCAGCUACGUCCACACCCCUAUGGAGGCGUGACGGAAAUGGUCACUACCUCUGUAAUGCCUGUGGGCUCUACUACAAAAUGAAUGGGACGAACCGUCCUCUCGUCAAGCCAAAGCGAAAAAUGAAUACCCAACGACGUCAGGGAACUCAAUGUUCGAAUUGCAAUACCACCACUACCACUCUUUGGAGGAGAAAUGGCACUGGAGAACCCGUAUGCAAUGCCUGUGGACUCUACUACAAGCUACACGGGACGUCGAGACCGAUCUCCAUGAAAAAAGAGAAUAUCCAAUCUCGGAACCGGAAACUUUCGGCCAAAGCUCGGAAAAAGCAUACCAGUUUCGCUCCCGUGGCCGAUAUGUUGAAGCCCUUCGAGAAAAUGUACGGUUAUGCGGGUAUGGCUGCGGCCGCGGGAAUGGGGGGCAUGUCAUCCUAUUACAUGCCCCCCACCCAUCCGGCCGUGUCGUGCGGGUCCAUCCCACAUUCGAUGCAUUCGGGUCCGUCUGUGGCCAAUUCGCCUCAGUUUGGCGCUGGAAUGCACAUGAUGGCCGCAGCUAGCUCGGCAGCCCUCGGGGGCUUCGGGGCCUCCUCCCUCAAUGGCAUGGCAAAUUGGAGGGCGGACUACUCUUGACAGGCGGGUAGCCACACGAUAGACAACGAUGAACAACUUUUACUUCGUCACCCACAUCACCACCACCAACAACAACAACAACUGCAACAACAACUGCAGCAACAACUACAACAACAACCCCAACAACAACAUCUACUCCUUGGGUCUCCAUGCAAUCAUCCUCGCUCCGAUUGACUAUUCAUGCGGAAAAGUACAAAAUUACAGUGCUCUCAUUGAUGUGUGUUCUUGAGGUGAAUGUGUGAGAAACAGAUCCUCCCCCCACCCCCCCGAAAAGUCCAGCCACUCUUCUCCACCACACUAUUUGCUUUUGAUCUCAACCAACCAACCAACAUACCAACCACCUACCAACCAUCGAACGGGUUUCAUCUCUCACUUUCUGAGUCAGGCUCAAAUCAAUGAAACCAUGGACACACAAGAUCUCUUUUGAACCCAUUCGAUAUUUGGAAAAAAAGCUGUGGUGAUGAAUCCGAAUUCGUCUUCUGUUGGUUUUCAUGGCCAACUCGUAUUCAAACAGUUAUUACUACUCCUACUACUCCUACUCUCUUAUCCUCAUCAUUUGUGCUAAGGCGAUGAUCAUCAUGAGAAUGGUUAUGACUCUCAUCAUUGCGAUUAUUAUCUGCAACGCCACUAGCACCAUCUUCACCUUCACCAAUCACCAAAUACUAGAAACAUCGUAGUGGUGUCGUUCGUUCCACAAGUGCUCACUCUCUCGCUCGUUCGCUCUUCACCGAAUUGUGCUUGGUGCUCACGUCGACAAUGGUGAUGUUGAUAAUAAAGGCAGUUCUCAUUGUGCAAGUGACUCUUGGCGACUUCAUGGACCAAAGAACAGAUGUUUCCAAGCAAUAAUCUAUCUCCAAAUGCAAGACAACGACGACACACGCGAAGAGCAAGACGACCAAUAAAAGCGAUCAAAAAUAUAUAUACCCACACACACACAC